GAAGCCGUGCCCCUCUGCAGGACCCUGCGGCGCUCCGUAGUUUUGCUGACAACGCUUGGUCCGAGAUGGUUCCUCCCUCAGCUGUGCUCUCGCGUCCGCGUCCGUGUCCCUAGGCCAGAAACUGCAGCGGCUGGGGGCGGGGCGGGGAGGGGCGGGGCCUUGGCGGAGGCCGGCGCCCCGCCUCCGUCGCGCUCUCCGCUGGCUUGACGUGCUGCCCGGCCCCUCUCACGCUAGCUCUGCGUUGGGGGUCUCCCUGCUUAGUUACCGCGUCGUUGCGCCGGUCCCGGAAGUGGGCUGGGCCCCCUGGGGUUUUUGCUCCGUAGGGGCGACCGUCGCGAAGGUGGCGGUCACUGCAUCCCGGCCCACCUCCGCGGCCCUGGGCGUGGUAUCAGCGAGCCCCGGGACUAUGACGGGCCAGGGCCAGUCGGGGUCAGGGUCGUCAGUGUGGAGCACGAUAUUCCGCCACGUCCGGUACGAGAAUCUGGUAGCGGGCGUGAGCGGUGGGGUUCUAUCCAACCUCGCGCUGCACCCGCUCGACCUUGUGAAGAUCCGCUUCGCCGUGAGUGAUGGAUUGGAACUGAGACCAAAAUACAAAGGAAUUGUGCAUUGCUUGACUACCAUUUGGAAACUUGAUGGACUACGGGGACUUUACCAAGGAGUCACCCCGAAUGUGUGGGGUGCAGGUUUAUCCUGGGGACUCUACUUUUUCUUUUACAAUGCCAUCAAAUCAUACAAGACAGAAGGAAGAGCAGAACGUUUAGAGGCAACGGAAUACCUCGUCUCAGCUGCUGAAGCUGGAGCCAUGACCCUCUGCAUUACAAACCCAUUAUGGGUAACAAAAACACGCCUUAUGUUACAGUACAAUGGUGUUGUUACCGCCUCACAUCGACAAUAUAAGGGAAUGUUUGAUACGCUUCUGAAAAUAUAUAAGUAUGAAGGUGUGCGUGGGCUGUAUAAGGGAUUUAUUCCCGGGCUGUUUGGAACAUCACAUGGUGCCCUCCAGUUUAUGGCGUAUGAAUUGUUGAAGUUGAAAUACAACCAGCAUAUCAAUAGAUUACCAGAAGCCCAGUUGAGCACAGUAGAAUACAUAUCCGUUGCGGCACUAUCGAAAAUAUUUGCUGUAGCGGCAACCUACCCAUACCAGGUUGUGAGAGCCCGCCUGCAGGACCAGCACAUGUUUUACGAGGGCGUGGGGGAUGUAAUCACAAAGACCUGGAGGAAAGAAGGCAUCGGUGGAUUUUACAAAGGAAUCGCCCCCAAUUUGAUUAGAGUGACCCCAGCCUGCUGUAUCACUUUUGUGGUAUAUGAAAACGUCUCACAUUUUCUACUUGACCUUAGAGAGAAAAAAAGAUAAGCUGAAAGAAGAUCAUCCCAGUGCCUCUGCUUAACACAGCAGUUGCUCCAUUGUGUUUGAGAUACAGACCUCAGAAGAGUACUGGGCAACAACGUAGUUCAUAAUGGAAACUGGUCUAUAAUCAUUAGAGGUCAAAGAACUGCUAGGACUUUGCAAUGUUCUGCUUUUUGCCUUCCCCAUAUGUUUGGGACGUGGCUACCUCUGCCAGAAAUGGCUCCCAUCAACACGACAGUAAAACUGACGUCAAGUGGAGUAUUUCACAAAUUUCUCUGCUGUUCAAAGUAGAAGGUGAUGACUGCAUUUGCUAAAUGGAUUAGAUGAACGUGCUAUUUUUUCCAAACUCAUUUGCCUGGAUUGGCUUUAAAAAUCAAUCUCUGUGCAAUAGCAAGAAAAUGACUUCUGGAAAGAAUUGUCCUUGUUUCAAGAGUCAAUUAAACUUCAAGGAUUUCCUGGAAACAUUGUUGCUUAAAUCCAGACCAUUUUUGAAUUGGGAAAUUUUGGUGAGGGGGGAAAAACAACACCACCACUGCAAAUAUGCUUUAGUUUAAAUUCAAUUGGAAUGCGCCAACUAGGGAAUUUGAGAAGUUCUCUACUUCUCUUCAUUUGGGAAAUAUAUUUGUUGUCAUUAAGUUUUUCCCGGGGGCUCUUCCAUAAUUUAAAAUGUAAUUAUGGAUUCAGUUAUUAUAUUCUUUGACAUAGGUUCUUAGUGUCUCUUAAACUUAACAAAAUCUGAACUCAGAUCCAGCCAUGUCAGCCCUUAUUUAGCAUAUUUGGCUCUAAGUCACUAAAAGAUCACCUCAUACAGAUACUGGAAUGGUUGGGGUGUGUUUGUUUAUAAACUGUGGAAACGAGGAACUUUAACUUUCCUGCUUCAGCUAUCAGAUGUAUGGGUCCAGAUCCCAAAUAAAUGAUUAAUCUAUAUUAGUCGCUCAUAUUCAGGUUUAAAUACAGAUUAUAUUGAUGACCAUUAUUAACUUUUAUAAGUCAUUGUAAAUAUCUAUAAAAGCCUGUCCCAAAAGGAUGCCAGAAUAAUAUUUUUAUCAUAAAAUUAUACGAAUAGUGUUGCACUUCCAUCUAGUUGUAAAUAAAACAUUGUGGUUUUCAAAGCCCUAUUUAAAUGGUUCUUUGAAAACGGGUCUAUUUUUUAUAUUUUGAAAAUGGCUUGUUUUUUAAAAUGUGGAACAAGAAGUCAUUGUAUUUACUAUAAUCUCUUGUAACAGCCACAGAAAUACUUUAUAAAUUAAAUGUGAUGUGUUUUUUCCAUC